CUCGCCCAGCCACUGUCGCUCCGACGGCACAACAGCUUCUCGUUGCUUCCCGUCGGCGCACCAGACGAUCUGAACCGAGUCGGCUGAAACCACAACCCGAUCUCGCUCGCGGACCGAGGCGAGGACGCCAGCUAUCUGAGGCGGGUGGGUGGGGUGGAGGAGAGGAGAAGCUGGGUCGAGGCUGGAGCGGCGGACUGAAGAAUGGAAUGGAACCUCAGAAGGAUGGAAAGUGAACUGAGGCACAUCAACCCGGACCUGCUCCAGCCCAGCAAGAGCUUCAAGAAGCCCUCCUCAGGCACCAUCACCCUCAAUGUAGGGGGGUUCCUGUACACCGCCCACCGGACCACCCUUUCCAAACACCUGGGGUCCUUCCUGGAGGAGCUGGCCAAUGGGAAAAAGGCGGUCCAGCACACCGACUCGAUGGGCAACCCGUUCAUCGACAGGGACGGCCCGGUUUUCCGCCACGUGCUCAACUACCUCCGCACCGGAGAGCUGCAGCUGCCCGACGACUUCCGGGAGGCGGGGCUCCUGCGGCGGGAGGCAGAUUUCUACCGGCUGAGCGAACUGGUCGAGGCCGUGGCGGAGUGGGAGAGCCAGAGGGCGGCUCAGCGAGAACCGGCGUUCCUGGAGGUGACGGACAGCCACGAGCGAUCGCAGGGCCUCAAGGUGUACUGCAGCGACACCGUCUUCAUCGAGAAGGUCAAAGGGCGGCUGGUGCAGAUCUCCAAGAGCCGCCUCGACGGCUUCCCCGAGGAGUUCGUCGUGUCCUCGAACGUGAUCCAGUUCCGGCACUUCAUCAAGUCGGAGCCCGGCUCGCGGCUCGUCCUGAAGGAGGACAGCACCUUCCUGUGCACCCUGGACUGCCUGAAACUGGAGACGGUGAUGCUGGCGCUGAAGUCGGGCUUCAAGCUGGUCACCGCCCUAGACAGCAGCAAGGGCUCGGUGGUGGCGGCCGAGGCCCUGCACUUUGUCAAAUAGGGCUGGAGGGAAAGAGGGGAGGAGGAGAGGAGAGACAGGGAGGGGGUAAAGUGCGGUCCUCGAGAACCACGAGGUGUCAGUUUGAAAGUCUUGUGCGAUGUUGUUGUGUGUAAUGUGAAGACAGAGAAACAGCGGGUUGGACUGUCUGACUGGGCAGUGUUCAUAUAUUUACAACAGGAAUGGG